AUGUCGGAGCUACGGUAUGAUGGUCAAGUCGUCGUUGUGACGGGAGCUGGGGGUGGAUUAGGAAGAGCAUACGCUCUAUUUUUUGGAUCAAGGGGCGCAAGUGUAGUUGUCAAUGAUCUUGGGGGAUCAUUCAAGGGCGAGGGUAAUUCUACAAAGGCCGCAGAUGUGGUAGUCGACGAAAUCAAAGCUGCAGGUGGAAAAGCUGUAGCAAACUACGAUAGUGUCACAGACGGCGAGAAGAUCAUCGAAACCGCCAUCAAAAACUAUGGCCGCAUCGAUAUCCUGCUUAAUAAUGCCGGUAUCCUUCGCGACAUUUCAUUUAAGAACCUACAAGAUAAAGAUUGGGAUCUCAUCAUUGAUGUUCAUGUAAAGGGAUCAUAUAAAUGUGCGAGAGCAGCGUGGCCACAUUUCAGAAAGCAAAAGUAUGGAAGAGUUAUCAACACUGCUAGUGCGGCAGGUUUGUUUGGAAGCUUUGGUCAAACGAAUUACUCUGCGGCUAAGUUGGCCAUGGUUGGAUUUACGGAGACAUUGGCGAAGGAGGGUGCGAAAUACAACAUUCACGCCAACGUUAUUGCUCCUAUUGCUGCUAGUCGAAUGACUCAAACUGUCAUGCCACCCGAGAUUCUCGAAAACCUAAAACCAGACUGGGUUGUUCCUCUUGUGGCAGUUUUGGUACACAAAGAUACUCAAGAAAAUGGUUCAAUCUUUGAAGUUGGAGGUGGGCAUGUUGCCAAGCUUCGAUGGGAACGAUCAAGUGGUUUAUUGCUCAAGGCAGAUGAUUCAUAUACUCCAGGAGCGAUCCUGAAAAAAUGGGACCAAGUCAGUAACUUCAAGGAUGCCGAGCAUCCCUCUGGCCCUGCCGAUUUUAUGGGCCUUCUUGAGAAAUCAAUGAAGAUGGGUCCAAAUGAACAAGGGGAAACUCUUGACUUCAAGGGAAAGGUUGCUUUGGUUACUGGUGGAGGUGCUGGUAUUGGUCGAUGUUACUGCUUGGCCUUCGCCAAAUACGGUGCCUCAGUCGUCGUUAAUGAUUUGAUGAAUCCAGAUGAUGUUGUUCAGGAAAUUCGAAAGUCCGGUGGCAAAGCUGUUGGUGUCAAGGCAUCUGCUGAGGAUGGAGAUGCUGUUGUCAAAGCUGCAAUCGAUGCUUACGGACGUAUUGAUAUUAUUAUCAACAACGCUGGUAUUCUCCGUGAUAAAGCUUUCACCAAUAUGGAUGAUAAGUUGUGGGAUCAAGUUUUGGCUGUCCAUCUUCGAGGUACAUACAAAGUCACCAAGGCUGCAUGGCCAUAUUUCCUGAAACAGAAGUAUGGUCGUGUAGUAAAUACUACUUCUACUAGUGGUAUUUAUGGUAACUUUGGACAAUCCAACUAUGCUGCUGCUAAAUGUGGUAUUCUUGGUUUCUCUCGUGCCCUUGCCCGUGAAGGUGUCAAAUACAAUAUUUACGUUAAUACGAUUGCACCAAACGCCGGUACGGCAAUGACCAGAACCAUCAUGCCCGAAGAAAUGGUCCAGGCUUUCAAACCAGACUACAUAGCGCCACUUGUUGUCGCUCUUUGCAGCGACAAAGUCCCAAAACCACCAACUGGUGGCCUUUUCGAAGUUGGUAGCGGAUGGGUUGGUCGAACAAGAUGGCAACGAACAGGUGGACAUGGUUUCCCUAUCGAUGUUAAACUUACUCCAGAAGAAGUUUUAAAGAACUGGGAGCGAAUCACCAACUUCGAUGAUGGACGAUCGGAUAACCCUGAAGAUAGUCAAGAUGGUUUGAAGAGUAUCAUGGCGAAUAUGCAAAACAAGAAGGGUGGUGCGAGCAAGAAAGCCGAGAAAAAGGUUGAAAUGAAUCAAGAAAUCCUUGAUAAAAUUGCCGCGGCGAAGAAAACUGAAGCAAGUGGAAGUGAGUUCAAAUUUGAGGAGCGAGAUGUCAUGCUAUACAACCUUGGAGUUGGUGCAAAGAAGUCGGAAUUAUCUCUAGUCUUUGAGAGUGAUGAAAACUUUCAGCCUCUCCCAACCUUUGGUGUCAUUCCACCAUUUAAUGCUGAAGUCCCCUUCUCUUUCGACGAAAUUGUCCCCAAUUUCUCCCCUAUGAUGCUUCUCCACGGCGAACAAUACCUCGAAAUCUCCUCCUACCCCAUUCCCACCUCUGGGACUCUCAUCUCGUCCCCAAAACUACUUGAAGUAGUUGAUAAAGGUAAUGCUGCCGUUGUGAAAGUUGGAACAACAACGACAGAAAAAGAAACCGGGAGGAAAGUAUUCUAUAAUGAACAAACCGUUUUCAUAAGAGGCAGUGGAGGAUUUGGUGGUGAAAGAAAAGGGGAAGAUAGGGGAAAUAGCACGAGAGCCUAUAAAAUUCCCGAAAGAAAACCAGAUGUGGUGGUUGAAGAGAAGACGACAGAGGAACAGGCUGUGCUUUAUAGAUUAAGUGGUGAUUAUAACCCCCUUCACGUCGAUCCGGCAUUCGCAGCUGUGGGUGGAUUCAAAGCUCCGAUUCUUCAUGGUCUUUGUUUCAUGGGUAUUGCAGGUAAAGCCGUGUAUCAAAAAUUCGGUCCCUACAAAAACAUCAAAGUUCGCUUCGCAGGCACGGUCAUCCCAGGUCAAACACUAGUAACGGAGAUGUGGAAGGAGGGAGAUAAUCGAGUGGUUUUUCAGACAAAGGUUAAGGAGACGGGGAAAUUGUGUAUUGCGGGUGCGGGGGUGGAGUUGUUGGGGGAGAGGGAGAAGGGGAGGUUGUAG